AUGGCCUUUCGAGCGCGUUCAGUCGUUCUUUUGCGCCGACGCAUUGGAAUUCCUUUGUCGGUAGGCAGGCCUCGAGGGCUCGCGACCGUCGCCAACGGCACGCAACCCUACGAUGUCGUCGUUAUUGGAGGCGGUCAUGCUGGGUCAGAGGCAUGUGCUGCUGCAGCUCGAUCAGGCGCACGCACUGCGCUCGUGACGCCGUCGCUCUCGAAUAUCGGCGUGUGCUCUUGCAAUCCCAGUUUCGGCGGAAUUGGAAAGGGAACGAUGAUCCGCGAGGUCGAUGCUAUGGACGGUGUUGCGGGAAGAAUCAUCGAUAAGGCCGGUGUUAUGUUUCGAGUAUUGAAUCGCUCCAAGGGCCCCGCUGUGUGGGGACCGCGCGCGCAGAUCGACCGUGAUCUAUACAGGAAACAUAUGACGGACGAAUUGGUCAAUACGCCAGGUCUCAAUAUUGUGGAGGGCAAGGUUGCGGAUAUUGUUGUUUCGAGUGAAGGUGUCGAACAUACACCGGGUGCCCAAGGCAAGAUUGUCGGUGUUCGCUUGGAAUCUGGAGAAGUCAUUCCCACGGGUCGUGUGGUUAUCACCACUGGCACUUUCCUGGGUGGUGAGAUUCAUAUUGGCUUGAAGACUUUUCCUUCAGGUCGUAUGGGUGAAGCACCGACCUAUGGCCUGAGCAAGUCCCUCCGUGACGCGGGUUUCCAACUCGGCCGGUUGAAGACCGGAACGCCUCCUCGAUUGGACAUGAAGUCGAUUGAUUUUUCGGCCUUGGAGGUACAGAAGGGAGACUCGCCUCCUAUGCCGUUCUCCUACCUCAAUGAAACUGUCGACGUCGGCGACGAAGGACAGCUGAAUUGCUGGAUGACGCACACCAACGAGGCGUCUCACGAGAUCAUCCGCGCCAACCUGGACAAGUCGGUGCAUAUUCGAGAGACUGUCCGGGGACCCCGAUACUGCCCAUCCUUGGAAUCGAAAAUCAUGCGGUUCAAGGAUAAGGAGCAGCACCAAAUUUGGCUCGAGCCGGAAGGGUUUGCGCCGAAUGAAGUGAUUUACCCCAAUGGUAUCUCGAUGACAGUUCCCGAAGAUGCGCAAUACGCUAUGCUGCGAACUGUUCGCGGUCUUGAAAAUGUCAAGAUGCUCCAACCAGGCUACGGAGUGGAAUACGACUACAUCGACCCUCGAAAUUUACGUCCAACGCUUGAAACAAAGCUGAUUAGCGGUCUGUACCUGGCUGGCCAGAUCAACGGCACAACAGGGUACGAAGAAGCAGCUGGCCAGGGUGUCAUUGCCGGCACGAAUGCGGGUCUGGAAUCGCAAAGCCGCGCCCCGAUGACUCUUACUCGAUCUGACGGCUUCAUCGGCAUUAUGAUCGACGAUCUAAUCACAAAGGGAGUGUCCGAGCCAUAUCGGAUGUUCACCACGCGCAGCGAAUACCGCAUUUCGACACGCUCUGACAAUGCCGACUUGCGAUUAACCCGCAUGGCUCGUGAUGCAGGCGUUAUUUCAGACCGUCGCUGGAGCGCAUUCACAGAGACAGAAGCGCAAAUCGAAGAAUUGCAAUCUCUUCUCGAAAAGACCAGGCUUUCCUCAACAGCUUGGUCCCGUAAGGGCUUCAAGGUCCGCGCAGAUACUUCUGUCCGCUCUGCGCUCGAAAUUCUCUGUCUGGACGGAGCGAACAUCGAUGCUCUGAUCCCGCACAUUGAAUCAUCCACCGCAUACACAGCUGCAUCAUUCGCGCCGGAAAUUCGAACUCGCGUCGCCAUCGAGGGUCGCUAUGCCCCAUACCUGAAACGGCAGGAGAAAAUGGCCCAGCGUUUCCAACAGGAUGAGAAUCUGCUCUUGCCUGCUGAUCUUGACUACAGUCUGAUCAAUGGUAUCAGCAACGAGGAAAAGCAGGCGCUGGAGCGUGUGCGUCCUUCGAGCGUUGGUAUGGCGCGCCGGAUUGAAGGUGUCACGCCGGCUGGUGCACUUCGACUUCUGAUGCAUGUGCGGAGAGGUAGUGGAUUUACCAAGGAGAUUCCUAGCGAUGACCCUGCCAUGGCCGAGGUGUUGCGCUCAUCUCCUUAG